AUGCCGCCAUUUCGCUUCUCCCCGAUUCUGCAAACCGACGGCACGACACACACUCACCUCACGCCCGAGAUCCUUCGCGACAGCCCCUAUUCUCAAAAUGCGUCUCCCCUACGUCCCCGACCCCGUUCCCACCAAGACGGAGGAAGAGGCGGCCAUCGUGGCCCGCGUGCAAGCCCGCCGGGCCCCGCGACCCCUCCAGCCCCUAGACCUUACCCUCUUGCACUCCCCUCCGUUGCCGACGGCUGGAACUCAUUCCUCGGCGCUGUCCGCACCCGCACCUCGAUAGCCGAGGAUAUCAAGGAGCUCGCCAUCUCCCGCGUGGCCGUUUGCAACCGGGCUUGGUAUGAAUGGGGUCACCAUGCACCGCUCGCCGUCAAGGCUGGCGUGAGCGAAGCCGUCAUGGAAAUCGCAAAGGGGCCGGAUCCGCUCCAGAGGGAUCAGAAGCCCGAGAGCGUGGGCGAGAAAGAAUGGGCUGUCCUCGUUUACACAGACGAGAUGACGAGGAAUGUCGAGGUGGCGGAUGAAACAUUUGCUCUUGUCAAGGGCUUGUUUAAUGAACAAGAGGUGGUGGAAAUCACUGCUACGAUUGCCUGUUACAACUGCGUAAGCCGCUUUUUGGUAGCAUUGGACGUCGGGGAGAGGAACGGCCUCGGACCGGACGGAGCUGCCCAUUAA